AUGCCCUGGAACCUGCCCGUCUUUCGCAUCUUCGAUGCUCUCGUCAUUGCCCUUCUCUUGCGGAUUCCAACCUCACUCUUGGCGACUCGGGCUCUGUGGGUUGCCUUGGGCAACUUCACGCUGUCCUUGCUGAUCGUUUGGCGUCUGUGGUCCAGCGGCGCGAUGCUUCAAUCAGGAAGUUCGCUGCCUCUGCUUCUCGCAUCGAUGCUGGAAUGCGCUGUUUGCGCCCUCGCUGUGGUCUUUUCUAUGGUGAUGAGUGAGAUCAUGCGGCAGAGAGCAUCUCUACGAUGCGAAAACACAAAGAUAUCCUAUGACAACUCAGCCAUCAGCGCGCUAUUGCGUCUCAUGAGCGACGCAGUGAUCGAGCUCGAUCAGGACUUGAGACUGAUCCGGCACUCGGCGGAGCUCAGCGCCAUGCUUCUGAGAGAUCGUCCUGGGGCUUCGACAGAGGGCGUGGCUUUCUCAGACUUCAUCCAUUCCACCGAUGCGGCCCGUGCAGUCGAACUCUUGCUCGACCCAAUUGGUGUGACUUCAGAGAACGGCACCUGCGCCCACGCGUUUCAUACACGAUUGGUGGACACCUUUUCCAACAAGGUCUGCGUUGAAGUUUUCACAAUCAAGACCGAAAACGCAGAGGGACAAGUCCGACACUUGCUUGGCCUGCGAGACUUUACGGACUGUGCCUCCUUGUCUGCGGAGCGCGCCAUGGAUGCCAUGGAUUCCGCGGAGGAGUUGCCGUUCUCUUUCUCCUGGCCAGUAUCGGUUGCAGAGAGUCUGCGCGCCGACAUCAACUCCAGCAUCCGCUCGGAUGCCGUAGCUAUCACCUCUUCGGCCAACACAGACCAGGAGUGGCCUAUUGCAGGCCCCGUCAAAAAGCAGGCCUACCUGGAUCUAGACAUGGAGGUGAAAGUCAUAGCCAGUGCCUCUUCCUCGGUCACUUUCGUGGCGGGCGUUUCUCUGGACGAUUUCUUUCCGUCGCCUCACACGUUGCAGCUGCUGCAGCAGGUAUGCGAUGAAGCGCAGCGAAGUUUCGAUAGCGAUGGAAGCAUUCCCAACAAGGUUUUUAACUUCGAAGACCUUCCCGUGCAAUGGACACCGGCGAAAUGCGGCACUCUCGUCGGUGCUUUUCAAGUGGUCCGCACUCGCUUCGGUGGUCUAGGAAUUCUCCUGGCUUUCGACGAGCCGGAUUGGUCUCAGUCACCCCACCGGCACUCUCGAGCUUCUGGGAGAUCAACUUCGUGCUCUGGAUGUAUGAGGGGUUAUGUAAGGGUUCCGGGGGGUUCAGGGUUUAAUAUGGAAGCCUGA